AUGACAAUAGUUCAGAAACAGUCGACCCUUAAACCCACACACUCCGAUCGCCCAGUUAGCCUAAGCGCUGCUGAGGCCCGAUUGGGUGGUCGUUUUCGUUUGGACACUAGACGCAAGGACAACGGAGAUCGCUUACUUCAGAUGUGUGCCGAUCACAGGCUGUUCCUUUGCAGUACGAAUUUCCGGAACAGCGGAAAUCGCUUAACAACGUGGUGCUCACCAUCAAACCAGCGCCGAAUCCACAUCGCCGUCAGUUAUCGGUGGCGAGGGUCAAUCCCCGCCUGCCACUCCUUCUGGGACACCGGCGUGGGCUCCGACCAUGCACUUGUACGCUGCUGUUUUUCAUUGCGCUUUUCAGGUGUACGCAAAAUGCGCACACCUCGCUUGGCCAUUGAGAAGCUAGUGGACCCAGAAGUCAAACAAAACUAUCAGAACCAGCUUCUCGAAUGCCUGCCGGACGGUAAGAUGUCGGAUAUAAACAGCCACUGGGAAAAACCGCGAAUCACGUUUACUAAUUUGCGCCACCUGUGGCGUCAGGAAGGCACAUCACUAGAUCCAAGAGGUCGCGUGUUUCAGGCAACAGUAAGGGCCGCAGUGUCGUAUGGUUGCGAGACAUGGCUUCUGCGGACAGGUUUUUGA